AAAACUCCAGCGAUCGGAAGCUUUUUGAAUUAAUAUAUAUACCCAACCACACUGCCAUUCCAAGAGUACUCCACACCCCAUUGUCAUCCUCCACCACCGUCAAUGGAGCUUGCAAACUGUCUUCUCCCACAACUCCUUGUCCUCCUCCUCUCCGUCGUCUCCGCCCAUUCCCUCAACCCAACCUGCAACUCAAACGACAAUGACUCCACCCUCAAAGUCUACCACGUCUCCAGUCCUUGCUCCCCCUUCCGCCCCAAAACGCCACUCUCCUGGGCAGAGACUGUCCUCCAAAUGCAGGCCGACGACAAAACCCGUCUCUCCUACCUCUCGAACCUAGUCGCCGGACGCUCCUUCGUCCCCAUUGGCUCCGGCAGACAGAUCGUGCAAAGUCCUACGUACAUCGUAAAGGCGAAGAUCGGAACUCCGGCUCAGACAUUGCUUAUGGCGUUGGAUACCAGCACUGAUAUGGCCAUGGUUCCUUGCUCCGGCUGCGUCGGUUGUGCUUCUGCUGGCUUUGGUUUUGCCAAGUCGACUACUUUUUCGUCUCUUAACUGCGGUUCUGCUAAAUGCAAACAGGUGCAAAACUCCAACUGUUUAGGAAACGCUUGCUCGAUGAACAUAACAUAUGGAAGUUCCUCUAUAGCCGCGAAUUUGGCACAAGAUAACCUAACCCUAGCCACAGACACUGUCCUCGGUUACUCCUUCGGUUGCAUUUCAAAGACCACAGGGACGUCUCUACCUCCACAAGGUGUUUUAGGACUCGGUCGUGGCCCACUUUCAUUGUUAUCUCAAUCAAAAAGCCUUUACAAAUCAACAUUCUCAUACUGUCUGCCCAGUUUCAAAUCUCCCAAAUACUCGGGAACCCUGAGAUUGGGUCCAAAUGGUCAACCGAAAAACAUCAAGUUCACUCCACUACUAACAAACCCUAGAAGGCCAUCGCUAUACUAUGUUAAACUCAUCGGAAUCAAGGUUGGCCCUAAGCUAGUCAACAUCCCUCCAAGUGCCUUCGCACUUAACCCGAACAAUGGCGCUGGCACCGUUGUGGAUUCUGGGACUGUAUUCACAAGGCUAGUGACUCCGGCAUACACGGCGGUGAGAGAUGAGUUCAGGCGGCGAAUGGGGAAAAAGACGGUGGUAACAUCGUUAGGAGGGUUUGACACAUGCUACACAGUCCCAAUCGGAAAACAAGUUCCGACGAUGACAUUCAUGUUUGAAGGAGCAGAUUUGUCGAUGAAGCAAGAGAACUUUCUGAUCUACAGCUCCACCGGAACCACCACAUGCCUGGCUAUGUCGGCGUCACCUUCCCUGAAUGUCAUCGCGAAUAUGCAGCAACAGAAUCAUCGGAUCCUUUUUGACCUGCCAAAUUCCAGGAUCGGCAUCUCGGCAGAAAGCUGCUCUUGAAAGUUGAAUCACGUGAUCUUAGUUAUCGUUUCUGGUUUUUGUUCUUGUUUUGUAUUAGUAAGAAUCGCCGUCACAUGGGGUUUCAUGUUUAAGUUUUCUCUUUCAUGUACGAGAAUGACAUAUCCUUUUCAGGAUUAUUAUAUAUUUAUCUAUGGAAUUUAAAUGUUAGUAUAA